AUGACCAUUCAACAAGCAAAUAAAUUGUCAUUAAAUCAAAUGCAAUCAAGCUCAACAGAUUCCACAUUCACUUCGUUGGACAGCUCAACUCUCCAACAGCUCAUAGAAAAUCUUCCUCCCCAUACAAUUGAAAUACUACAGCAGUUUGUUUUGAUGAAAUACUUUCCAAACAGUUCAACUGCUUUCAAUGAUGGUUUCCAAAUGUUGAAUGCACAAGAGCAAUUAUCUACUCCUUGGUCAUUACCAGAUCAUCACUAUUUUGAAACUACUGAACGACAACAGCAGACUAAUUAUUUCUUAACCGACUCAACAGAAACUAACGAAAAUAAUAACGAAAUUCCUGAUUACCCAAUUGGGUUAACUUGUACAUUAACACCAGAAAUUAAUAAGCAAUCGGUUGGAACUUCUCCUGCCAUGAUAUCAUCCUCUGAUGACAGCAGUUGCUGUGGAAGUGUCAACAACUCGAAAAUCUCUAAACAAUUCAAGACAAGAAAGCAAAACGCCAACCAGAUGAACUCAAUGCUCUUCACCAUGACUACCACAACUUUCUGUAAUGAUACAGUCGAUAUGAUGAGGGACAAAUGUCGUUUGGUUGGGAAGAGAGGAGUUGGUAGACCAAGAAAAAACUUUAAGUGA